UGUGUGUGUGUGUAUUUCAGUUCAAAUACUCUCUACAAGUCUUGCCUCAUGUAUGCUAGGACUAGAUUGUGGGAAGUUAGAUGAAUUCUAUCAUCUCCAAGGGGUAAAGAGGACCCUUUAAGUCAGCCUGUGGCACUGUAUGUUGUUCAGCAUUGUGUGUCUGCAAACUCAGCUGAGUUCAGCUAUGUAAAUAAAAGCGAGAAGGUUGCUGUCCUGGCGUAACCUGUGUGUUUUGCUCCCGACUGCGUCUCCUUGCGGAAGGAAUCUUGCCUGUAUGACUAUGUGGUGCUUCAACUUUUAGACCUCAAAUUUAAACUGCUAACUUGCAAAACCUUUUUACUGUGUUUCAACUCCCAAAUGGUUUGUUUAUGUUUGCAUCCAUGUAUUAGGGUCCUUUCUGUAGACUGUAACAGGGCAAUCUCUGCCACUGAGGGUUUAUGGUCUGGGGAAGAUUACAUUUGUCAGCGAGCAUUUGGGAAAAUGAAGGACUUGAGGAUUUGGAAGGAUGUAAUUUCCUUUGCUGCUUACCAGGGUCUGACUUAAUUUUCAUUCUCAGACUUUGCUUGAGGUAAGAUUAAGACUAUGGACAACUACAGGAAGGCUUAAAAUGUUUAAAUAAUACAGCUGCUGAUUGAAAUGUUAAUGCAGAAUGGCUUUGGGAAGGGAUUCGGUUUCGUGAGUGGACCCCAAGGUCUUCCUCCCGCCUGCGGCUCCUCUGGUGGGGUGGAAUGUUGCCCUGGCCCCUUCCCAUUGGCCUGGCGUGUUUGCCCAGGUGUCUGCCUCUUCCAUAAGAGACAGGGAUCGCUGGACCUGGUACGCAUUCAGCAAGUGCUGCAGCACAGGAAAAUGACACGACGUGUUUAUUUGGUUGUUUUACUUUUGUGUCUCGGAUUAAUGUGUCCUCUUGUAACUGGAGUUUUUAUGGAAAAGCUUGCCAGCAAGAAGCUGUGUGCUGAUGACGACUGUGUCUGUAAGUAAUUUUGCUUUCAUUUUGAGGACAAAAUAGUCUCAAAAAUGACUGCAGAGUUUGGAUGCGGUAGUGUGAGGGAAAACUACUCUGCUUAUUUAGCUCUGUUAUAUUUGCAUUGGCUUGUCAACUUUAAAAAGCAGAGUGAGAGGGUUUAUGUAGAAUGUCACAAGCAGUUUUACUGCAAAAAGAGGUUUGUAAAGGACAUUUUUCACUCAAGUGCAUGCUAAGUGUAGAGAAGGAUUGUAACUUCCACUAUGAUGAAAUGGCACAUGCUGUUACUUUGCUUACUGAAGGAUAGAAAAAUGAGAACAAAUUCUUGAUGACUUUUAUUACUUUUCAGGAUAACCUAUUUUUAUCUGUAGAAAUAGAUUUACAUGCGUGCAUACAAGCACACACAUAUUUAUAUUUCUCUGUCUAAAAGUCUAUAUGUAUUUAAAUUUGUCCACCUCAUUCUUUUUUUUUUUCUAGACACCAUUUCCCUUGCCAGAGCAGAAGAGGAUUAUAACGCUCCAGACUGCAGAUUCAUUAAUAUUAAAAAAGGGCAGUUGAUUUAUGUUUACUCAAAACUAGUGAAAGAAAAAGACUCUGGAGAAUUCUGGGCUGGAAGUGUUUAUGGAGAACAGUAUGAAGACCAUAUGGGGACAGUUGGUUAUUUCCCUAGCAGUUUAGUCUCAGAGCAACAUGUCUAUCAAGAAGCAAGUAAGACUGUUCCUACAACGGACAUUGAUUUCUUCUGUGAAUAGCACUGAAAGUGGU